UCGGAUUCCAGACGGAACUUCUUCUGAUCCAGCCCUUGGACAUAAGGGUUUUUCAUCAUCUUCUUCUUCUUCUUCUUCUUCUUCUUGUUCUUCUUCAUCACUCUUAAGAUUUUGGGAUCUCCUAAUUGCUUCUGAUUCCUGAAAAUUGCAUCGGAAGUUCUGAAAAGACUGGACUUUGGGUGAUAUCCAACUGCAGCCUUUUAAAUUCCCUCUUUUUUUCUUUUUCUUGCUAAAAUCUGACAGCCGUGAUUUGUAAUUCAAAUUUUUUCUGCUUACUGAAUAGAUCUAGGGAUUGUUUACUGAUUUGGGAAAAUGCUCUUAGCUUAACGGAACGAGGUGGGUUGCAAGAGCCUGGCUGCCUGACGAGAGCAAGCAAUUUUCUUUUUUUAAAGUUUGUUGCUUUAAAAAAAAAAAAAGUUUUCAAAACUUUAAAGAUAAACCAAGGCAUUUGCUGGCUACAUUUUUUAACUUGCUCGUUAAAAAUGGCAGCAAGCCUAGCUCUCAGUGGCGUUGUGGCUCCCGCUCUCCCUCUUCCCGAACAAACGGUUGCUCUCCAGAUUGGCACUUGUAGCCCAGCUGAAAUGCUGGACAGGGUUAGGAAGACGCAGGUUUACAUUCUGUCCGGGGUCUCCAGGCAAGUCGAAAGCGAGCUGAAAGGGUUUAAGAGGUCUGUGCAGAGGCUGAAUGCCAACAUGAAUGAUCAGUCCCCGUUGGUGGGAAUCCAGAGGUGGAAGCGAUCGAUAAAGGCUUGCCUUAUGAGAUGCCAGGAUACCUUGGUCAACUUAGAGAGGUGGAUGAAGAGAGAGAUGAACUCUUGGAGGGGGGUGUUUUCCCGAUUUGAAAAAAUGGUAGGCAAGGAAGAGCUGCAAAGGAGGUCUUUUUACGGAGAGAAAAGUGCGAAGGAAAAGGAGGCAGAGGCGGCUCAAAUAGCUCAGGAAGUUCUUGAUAACCCAAAUCCUUAUGCUCCUACCCCACCAUGCUCUCCUCCACCCCCAGCAUUGCCAUCCCAGUCAUGCCAGCAGCACCACUGGGUUGUCCUUUCCGUUGACCUCCUCUCCCCCCCUGAGUUUGAUGCAAACAUGUCUGAGGAUCCUCGGGAUUUCCUAGUGAACUUAGAAAAGUAUUUUAAGCGCAGCGGGUGGCACGAGAAAAUUUGGCUGUCUCAGGUAGACAACCACUUAAAGGGGGCAGCUAAGAAGUGGUGGGAAUUCAGGCAGGAGACCAUAGACAACUGGCACGACUUCAAAGUGUCUUUCUUGCAAUACUGCGAACGUUUAGUGGUGAGAGAGGCCAUCAAGAGAGACCUAGACCUUCCCCAGAGGCGUUGGGAGCCCUUAGAGCAGUUUGUGUGGAAGAAAAGAGCCCUCUACCACCGGCUCUAUGUCGAUGCCAACGAGGAAGACAUGAUCCGAUUUAUCAUUAGCACCCUUCACCCAGAGAUCAGGCGUUUCCUCAAACCCCCUUUCCCUAAGACCAUGGACCAGCUAGUGCAGAUGGGCAAGGAAAUCCAAUUUGAAUUUGAGCAGUCGGAGAAGCAAACCCUUAAGGCCGCUUAUUCCGACGAGCAGAUUAGCACCAAACUUAACGUCCUCGUCACGAAGGAUCCUUACGAUAGCAAUAGCGUCUGCACUGAGAAAGCUAGCUACGAGUAGGAAAGUUUUUAAGGAACAAACUUUUGUUGCUCUCUGGUGAGAAAAUAUCAGCUCUUGAAAAUGAAAGAGUGAAGUUUAGCUUAGAGAACUUUACGGUAAUCUUUCUUGAGUCCUGUACAAUGCAACAGGUAGAAAGGUGAGGGCUUGUGUCUGGUAUGGGAAGUCAAGGUCAGCUGUGACAUCUUUUCAGGUUGUCACAGAAAAACGACAUUUUUAGUGCUGACAAUAGCAGGCAAGUCUUAAUGGCAGUUCAAUAACGUAAUAACUUCUGAUUUUCUUUAUACAUCAUAAUGCUAUAAUCAACUCCAAACUAGAGAUAUACAAUGCUUAGAUCUUUAAUAAUACACAACUAGGACAUAUUGCCCUGCAUGUAGCCAGGAAGUAAGCAGUUUAUUGCUGUAUUAGUGGCCACUUCCAGUAAAUGGGAAUUUUGGACAAAAAAUUCGCUGAACUGUCACCAGAAUCUGGUGUCGCAGUUUUGAAGCGAUUGUCGCUGAAAACGUUCCAUUAAUGCCGAUUGUCUCGCAACGAUUUGGCAGAUGAACCCAUUUACUAUAAGUGGGGGGCUGUUUUCACAGUGUUCUGCCUGUUCCCUUUAAAUUUCAGGGAAUAACGGCAUUCAUGGGGAAGUUAACCAUUUGUUCGGUUUUAAGAGCAUAUUUUUUUUUUAUUAUUAUUGCUGAAUAUGUAAAAUAAGUUGAAAAAAAAAAUAGAAAUAUUUUUGAUAUUUUUCAAUGUACAGAAAUCUCAUCUAUAUUGUUUAGUGCAAUAUCAUUUGUAUAUAUUAGAAGAACAAUUCCUUCGAAUAAUUCGAUUUUAUUAAUCGGGGCAAUAACAUUUCAUAUAUUGUGAAAGACCAAUGUGUUCACUUUUUGAAUACUAUAGACAUUUUUUUUUGUGGUCUUAAUUAUGAAAUGAAUGUUGUUGUUUUUUUUUGGGGGGGGUCUCUCUAUAUGAACACUCAGUAGCACUUUUAAAUCGGCUUGUCAGAUUACAAAUGGACAAUAGGCAUGAGGACUAGGACUUUAUGCAAAGUUUUUACCAUGGACUCUAGAAAUCUGAUUAAGCAUUAAUAUUAGAUGGACAAUUUCAACUUUUUCACAACCAUCUACUUGGGAGCCAACCAGUUCCUUUGAGGAAUCUAGAAUGUUUCACCCUACCUACAAAAGAAGAGACUGUAUGACCAGGACCCAAUGUUCUUGGCCGUGUCAACCACAUUGCCUACAAAAGAAGAGACUGCAUGACCAGGACCCAAUGUUCUUGGCCGUGUCAACCACCUUG